AUGACUGAGCUGAAGGCGAAGGGUUCCCGCGCUCCCCACGUGGCGGGCACAGCGCCCUCGCCCACCCAGGUCGGAGCCCCUCUACGGGGACGCCCAGACGCGGGCCCCUUCCAGGCGGGCGAGGCCUCGGACCCGACGCCCACAGCCUCGGGCCUCCCCCUCUCCCUGGACGGGCUGAUCUUCCCUCGGCCCUGCCAGGCUCAGGACCUGGACGGGAAGACGCCGAACCCAGAGUCGCUGGCAGACGUGGAGGAGGCGUAUUCCAGAGGGGAAACCGCAGAGGGCGCUGCUGCGAGACCCCUGGAAAAGGACGGCGGGUUGCUGGACAGCGUCCUGGACACCCUGCUGGCGCCCCCCGGCCCUGAACAGAGCCCCGCCAGCCCCGCCGUCUGCGAGGCCCCCAGCCCUUGGUGCCUGUUUGGCCCUGAGCUUGCCCAAGACAUCCGGGCUGCGCCCGCCGCCCAGGGAGUCCUGCCCCAACUCAUGAGCCGCCCGGAGAGCAAGGCUGGCGAUACCCCUGGGGGGGCCGCCGGCCAGAAGGUGCUGCCCCGGGGCCUGGCGCCGUGCCGGCAGCUGCUGGCCCCGACGGCCGCGAGCCACCCCUGGCCCGCGCCAGCGCCGAGGCCGUCUCCGCAGCCCGCGGUGGUGGAGCUGGACGUGGACGACUCGGAGCCCGAGGGCUCCUCGGGGCCCCUGAAGGGCAAAGCCCGGUCCGCGGGAGGAGCCGCGAUCAGCGCUCCUGGGACGGCCGCGGGAGGCGUCGCCCCGUUGCCCAAAGAAGAUGCCCGCUUCUCGGCGCCCAGGGCCGCCCCGGCGGAGCAUGACGCGCCCGCCGCGCCCGGGCGCGCCCCGGUGGCCACCGCGGUGAUGGACUUCAUCCACGUGCCCAUCCUGCCGCUCAACUCGGCCUUCCUGGCCGCCCGCACCCGGCAGCUGCUGGAGGGCGACAGCUAUGACGGCGGGGUCGCCGGCGCUUUCGCCGCGCCGCGGGGCUCGCCCUCCGCCUCGGCCGCCCCGGGCGCGCCCGGAGACUUCCCCGACUGCGCGUACCCGCCCGACGCCGAGCCCAAGGACGACGCGUUCUCGCUCUACGGGGACCCGCAGCCACCCGCCCUGAAAAUCAAGGAGGAGGAGGAGGGGGGUGCCGAGGCCGCCGCACGCUCCCCGCGGCCCUACCUGCUGGCGGGGGCCAGCCCCGCCGUCUUCGCGGACUUCCCGCUGGCGCCGCCGUCCAGGCCCGGGGAGGUGGCGGCGCCCGCGGCCGCCGCGGGGGCCCCCGGCUCGUCCGCGGCCGCGUCGGGGUCCGCCCUGGAGUGCGUCCUGUACAAGGCGGAGGGCGCGCCGCCCCAGCCCGGCCCGUUCGCGCCGCCGCCCUGCAAGGCUCCGGCCGCGGGCGCCUGCCUGCUGCCGCGGGACCUGCCGUCCACCUCGGCCGCCGCCGCCGCAGGGGCCACCCCUGCGCUCUACCCGCCGCUCGGCCUCAACGGGCUCCCCCAGCUCGGCUACCAGGCCGCCGUGCUCAAGGAGGGCCUGCCGCAGGUCUACCAGCCCUAUCUCAACUACCUGAGGCCGGAUUCAGAAGCCAGCCAGAGCCCACAGUACAGCUUUGAGUCAUUACCUCAGAAGAUUUGUUUAAUCUGUGGGGAUGAAGCAUCAGGCUGUCACUAUGGUGUCCUCACCUGUGGAAGCUGUAAGGUCUUCUUUAAAAGGGCAAUGGAAGGACAGCAUAACUACUUAUGUGCUGGAAGAAACGACUGCAUUGUUGAUAAAAUCCGCAGAAAAAACUGCCCAGCAUGUCGCCUUAGAAAGUGCUGUCAGGCUGGCAUGGUUCUUGGAGGCCGAAAGUUUAAAAAGUUCAAUAAAGUUAGAGUCAUGAGAACACUGGAUGCCGUGGCCCUCCCACAGCCGGUGGGUAUUCCAAAUGAAAGUCAAGCCCUAAGCCAGAGAAUCACUUUUUCACCAAGUCAAGACUUGCAGUUGUUUCCCCCGCUGAUCAACUUGCUCAUGAGCAUUGAACCAGAUGUGGUCUAUGCAGGACAUGACAACACCAAACCUGAUACCUCCAGCUCUCUGCUGACAAGUCUGAAUCAGCUUGGCGAGAGACAACUUCUUUCAGUGGUCAAGUGGUCUAAGUCACUGCCAGGUUUUCGGAACUUACAUAUUGAUGACCAGAUAACUCUCAUCCAGUAUUCUUGGAUGAGUUUAAUGGUAUUUGGACUAGGAUGGAGAUCUUAUAAGCAUGUCAGUGGACAGAUGCUAUAUUUUGCGCCUGAUCUAAUACUAAAUGAACAGCGGAUGAAGGAGUCAUCAUUCUAUUCAUUAUGCCUUACCAUGUGGCAGAUCCCACAGGAGUUUGUGAAGCUUCAAGUCAGCCAAGAAGAGUUCCUCUGUAUGAAAGUAUUGCUGCUGCUUAAUACAAUUCCUUUAGAAGGACUAAGAAGUCAAAACCAGUUUGAAGAGAUGAGAUCAAGUUACAUUAGAGAGCUCAUCAAGGCAAUUGGUUUGAGGCAAAAAGGAGUUGUCCCUAGCUCACAGCGUUUCUAUCAGCUUACAAAACUUCUUGAUAACUUGCAUGAUCUUGUCAAACAACUGCAUCUGUACUGCUUGAAUACAUUUAUCCAGUCCCGGGCACUGAGUGUUGAAUUUCCAGAAAUGAUGUCUGAGGUUAUUGCUGCACAAUUACCCAAGAUCUUGGCAGGGAUGGUGAAACCACUUCUCUUUCAUAAAAAGUGA